UGAGGACAUCAUGAAUUGGAAUAAAGGUGGACCUGGUACUAAGAGAGGCUUUGGUUUUGGUGGAUUUGCCAUAACACCUGGGAAAAAAGAGGAGCCUAAGCUCUCUCAACAGUCUCAUAGUGCUUUUGGAACAGCCGGUUCUUCUGCUGCAUUUGCGAAAUCCGGACCUCCUCAGCUGCCUUCUUUCUACAAAAUUGGGUCAAAGCGAGCAAAUUUUGAUGAAGAGAAUGCGUACUUUGAGGAUGAAGAGGAAGAUUCCAGCAAUGUCGAAUUGCCGUACAUUCCCGCAGAGAAUUCCCCCACUCGCCAGCAGUUUCAUUCCAAAUCAGCAGACUCUGACAGCGAUGAUGAUCCUCUGGAGGCAUUCAUGGCUGAAGUGGAGGAUCAAGCUGCUCGAGACAUGAAGAGACUUGAAGAUAAAGACAAAGAAAAAAAGAAUGUUAAGGGUAUUCGAGAUGACAUUGAAGAGGAAGAUGACCAAGAAGCUUAUUUUCGCUACAUGGCCGAAAACCCCACUGCCGGUGUGGUCCAAGAAGAGGAAGAGGAUAACCUGGAGUAUGACAGCGAUGGGAAUCCAAUUGCACCGUCCAAAAAAAUCAUUGAUCCUCUUCCACCCAUUGACCAUUCAGAGAUUGAGUAUCCACCGUUUGAGAAGAAUUUCUAUGAUGAGCAUGAGGAGAUCACCAGUCUCACCCCGCAGCAAGUGGUGGAGUUACGUCAUAAGCUAAAUCUCCGGGUCUCCGGUGCUGCUCCUCCAAGGCCAGGCAGUAGUUUUGCUCAUUUUGGGUUUGACGAGCAACUUAUGCAUCAGAUUAGGAAAUCCGAGUACACCCAGCCCACCCCUAUACAGUGUCAGGGCGUUCCAGUUGCACUAAGUGGCAGAGAUAUGAUUGGGAUAGCGAAGACUGGAAGUGGAAAAACAGCAGCCUUCAUCUGGCCGAUGUUGAUCCACAUCAUGGAUCAGAAGGAGCUUGAACCGGGGGAUGGUCCCAUUGCAGUGAUCGUCUGCCCAACCAGAGAGCUUUGCCAGCAGAUCCAUUCUGAAUGUAAGCGCUUUGGUAAGGCGUAUAAUCUGCGCUCUGUAGCUGUGUAUGGAGGAGGAAGCAUGUGGGAGCAAGCCAAAGCCCUCCAGGAGGGAGCAGAGAUAGUUGUCUGCACACCAGGGCGCUUGAUUGAUCAUGUGAAAAAGAAAGCUACGAACCUUCAAAGAGUCACUUACCUUGUGUUUGAUGAAGCUGACAGAAUGUUCGAUAUGGGUUUUGAAUAUCAGGUCAGAUCAAUCGCAAGCCACGUACGUCCUGACAGACAGACCCUGUUGUUCAGUGCCACUUUCCGUAAGAAGAUUGAGAAGUUGGCCCGAGACAUUCUGAUCGACCCAAUUCGAGUUGUGCAGGGAGACAUUGGAGAGGCAAAUGAAGAUGUUACUCAAAUUGUGGAGAUUUUCCCCUCUGGCCCUAGCAAAUGGAACUGGCUGACUCGACGCCUGGUGGAGUUCACGUCUUCUGGGAGUGUUCUCCUGUUUGUCACCAAGAAGGCAAAUGCGGAGGAGCUGGCCAAUAACCUCAAGCAGGAGGAUCAUAAUCUGGGGCUGCUUCAUGGAGACAUGGACCAGAGUGAGAGGAAUAAAGUCAUUUCAGAAUUUAAGAAGAAGGGGAUCCCGAUACUGGUAGCUACUGAUGUGGCAGCGCGUGGGUUAGAUAUUCCUUCCAUUAAGACCGUCAUCAAUUAUGAUGUGGCUCGGGACAUCGACACGCACACCCAUAGAAUCGGUCGUACUGGCAGAGCGGGCGAGAAGGGAGUUGCCUACACUCUGCUGACCCCCAAAGACAGUAACUUCGCUGGUGAUCUCGUCAGGAAUCUGGAAGGCGCUAAUCAACAUGUUUCCAAAGAGCUGUUGGAUCUAGCAAUGCAGAAUCCCUGGUUCCGGAAAUCACGUUUCAAAGGAGGAAAAGGCAAGAAGCUGAAUAUUGGUGGUGGCGGCUUAGGAUACCGUGAACGUCCUGGUCUGGGAUCAGAAAACUCUGAUCGUGGCAACAACAACAGUGUGAUGAGCAACUAUGAGGCCUACAAGCCGUCCACGGGGGCGAUGGGAGACCGACUUACGGCGAUGAAAGCAGCUUUUCAGUCCCAGUAUAAGAGCCACUUUGUUGCUGCAAGCUUAAAUAACCAAAAGACUGGUAGCUCCGCUGCUGGCGCUAGCGGCUGGACCAGCGCGGGGAGCUUGAACUCGGUCCCGACAAGUUCAGCGCAGCAAAACGCCGCAAAUCCUGACAGCCCCAUUGCAGCCACCGCAGCGGCGAAGGGUGUUCCGGGCUUCACCAGCACGGGGAAUCUGAGUAGCGUUCCCACCUUCCCGAGUGUCGGAGUACAGGGCUUCAACAGCACGAAUGCCAGCACCAAC